AUGGCGGUUCUCGUGGGGUGCAGAGUUUUCUUUCAAGCUUUUCGACCAAGAACGGCGAAUCUUGAAGGGGCUCGCAGGUUGCAUGAUUUUAUACCUCAUGCCCGUACCAAGAAACUGCAACAUGUUCGCCCGACAGCUAAUGGAGGGAUCCGACAAUACAGCUCAGACUUCAAGUCGGGGGAUGACCUAAGCGUUAGGUAUUUGGACGGAGAAGACUCAGGAAUUGUUGUCUUUGGGAUCAAUCGACCAAAAGCUAAAAAUGCUAUCAGCAAAAAUCUCGUUAAAAUGAUGUCUGAGGCCAUUGAGUCAGUGAAGAAGAACAACAAAGUGAGGAGUGUCAUCUUGUGCAGUUUGGUGCCUGGAAUAUUCUGUGCAGGUGCAGAUUUGAAAGAGAGGGCAAAGAUGCACCAGAGUGAAGUGGGACCUUUUGUUUCUAAAGCAAGGGCACUUAUAACAGAACUGGGUAAUCUGCCCAUGCCAACUAUUGCUGCUAUAGAUGGAGCUGCUCUUGGGGGAGGGCUUGAGAUGGCUUUGGCUUGUGACAUAAGAGUAGCAGCUACUUCUGCAAAAAUGGGCCUUGUAGAGACCAAGUUAGCAAUUAUCCCAGGAGCAGGAGGGACUCAGAGGUUACCUCGUGCAAUAGGUGUGUCUAUGGCGAAAGAGCUGAUCUUUGCUGCUCGUGUGGUGGACGGCUCGGAGGCUAAGUCUCUGGGUCUGGUGAAUCACGCUGUAGAACAGAAUAACUCCGGUGAUGCUGCAUACCUGAGAGCCCUUGAGCUGGCCCGUGAGUUCAACCCACAGGGGCCUAUUGCAAUCAGGAUGGCUAAGCUUGCCAUCAACCAGGGCAUAGAGGUGGAUUUAACUACCGGGUUGGCUAUUGAAGAAGCUUGCUAUGCUCAGGUGAUUCCUACGAAAGACAGGCUGGAGGGUCUGGCAGCGUUCAAGGAGAAGAGGCCCCCUCGUUAUAAGGGAGAGUAAUCUGCCCAGUUGAAAGCAAUCACAAGCCGCUGCCUUCAAAUUGCCUUCUACUGCUUCUCUCAGUCCGCAUGAACUGCUAGACAGCACUGUCCUUUCUCUAAAAGGGCCGAGGCUCUGCUAACACACUUGUUGGAUACAGCAGUGGAGGUCUUCACGUGGACUGAGCCAGCACUAAUGAGCUAAGGAAGAAGACGCCGGAAUCUGUGACUGGUCGCGACCUGUGGAACAGCUCCGUCUCUCUCUCUCUCUCUCUCUCUCUCUCUCUCUCUCUCUCUCUCUCUCUGGCGUGAUGUUUCAUUUUUGGAAAAGAAGUUUUUCAAGUUCUUUAGUUGCCUUUACCUGCCUUUAUGUCUGUUUAUCAGUCCCAGUCUGCUGUCUAUGUGUAAAAUGUCACAGUUUGUUCAGUGUAUCAGAGAUUGUAUCUAACUUUGCAUCAAAUGCAUCUCUAUCUGUAACUCAGUGAAUAAUAACAAGUAAUAACUCAUAAUGUACAACAGAGCACUAAUGCUACACAAAGAAAUCUUUUUCUUUUUUUUUUUUUUUCCAAAAGAUUUUGACCUCCACUGUUCGCUGUUUAGUCGUAUGUGAGAUGAACUUCUACAGAGCUCAUUUGUAAAUAGACACAAUAAAGAAUUGUUUCAAACCUGUCAUAUCGUGUAAAAUAUCCUGUGACUCUCUCCCAAGAAUUU